AUGGCUUCCGACAGUGAGAGCAUCCUUAAAUCACUAAACACCCUCUUCCUCCACGAGUCAGUUGAGCAUCGCCGGCAGCUCGAUUCUCUCGUGAACUCCAAAUCCUGUCUCGAAUCGGAUCUGAGUCGGGCCCAAAAUGUUAAUGCCGCCCUAGUGUCUGAGUUGACCAGGUUGCAUGUUCUUCUUUCUCGUUCGAAAUCGGAGGGGACUGAUCGGAAAGAAGCUCGUAUGGAGCUGAAAGUAGACCGUUUUAUUGUUGAGUUUGAGAAGAAAUUAGAAGAAUUGAGAAAGAUGGUUGUUGAGGCUCAAAUGAAGGAUUUGAAACUGAAACUAGCUCUGGCGGAGAAGUUGGCUGAAGAAAGGGAAUUAAAGCUCAUUCAAACGAUUGACUCUCUCCUCAAGUCUAAAGCUUCUCUGGAAACUGAGAACUCAACCCUUGUCUUAGAGUUGACCAUGUUGCAAGCUGAUCGUAUCUCAAGGUUGAGUCAGAAGACCGAUUUGAAAGAGGAGGAGGAGGAGAAGAAGAAUGCCAUAUUGUAUCGGAAAACAGAUGAACUAAAACGGGUUGUUGAUGAUUUGAAAUUGAAGCUAGAUCAAAAGGAAAUAUUGGUUAAAGAGAAGGAAUGUGAGUUUGAGAAGAUGGAGACUCGAAUGAAGGAGAAACAAUUGUUACACCAGAUACGACAAUUGGAGUCGAAUUUCGCCGAUGAGAGUGACUACAGCUCAAUGUGUAUGAUCGGUCUUUGGUUAGCAGUUUUAUUAAUCACUAGUAUUUAG